AUGCUUACUGCUGAGUCGUCGCGCUUUGCGCAUGCACUGCAGAACGUGAAGCUGAUCGCUUUGAGCUUCUUUUUCUUCCACUCGAUACCUUCAUCCUCUUCUUCAGCUAUGCGGUUCGCAUCCUCGUCGCCUUCCCAGCGACUUCGCACCGCGCCCGAGUGCGGUCUACCUACACGCGCUACUUUGAGCCCCGCACAGUGUUAG